ACUUUAAAAAAUCGUCAUGUCAGUCACAAAGUCAAGACAAAAUGUCGACAUCAAUAUAUUUAUAGAAAAUGGAUAUUUUAUCAUUAAAACAGACACAUUAAAACCAUUGAAGCAGUAUAACGUUAUAGAUAUGAGUUGACGAUAGGAAGGAAAUAAUUAAAACCUAAUCAUGCAGUGCAACCAAUCUUUCUGCGGAAACGGUUUCACCAAUGGAUUUUAUAGUUGUAGUAACAAUAAUGCACCUCUACAAACCACAUAUCCAGAAAUAGUUGGAGAAGGAGAAGUUACGUCAGUGACAUUACCUGAUGGGACAAUACAGUUCUUUUUCAUACCGACAGUCAAGUGGUGGACACCUGUCGUGCCGCCAUGCUAUCCCCCGUACUCCAAUGUACGCGGUCCCCCUUUCCAUCCAAACUAUAGCGCCUCGCCCUACAGUAUUAAUGCUGGAACAUGGUUUAUUAGGAGUAUAUCAAAUCCAGUGCCUCUGGCUCAGCCACAGAAUCCAUUUAUCCCGACAUGCCAGCGAACCGAAGUUCCGAGACUGCGGUUUGCUUCCGAUUGCCUUAUGAACACUGGAAAUAAUGGAUUUCAACUCAAGUUUCACAACGACGGUUGCAGUUCGACAACCGACUUACACUACUUUUGCCCCAGCUUACGUAAGGAAGCACCAUGCAAAGGAACGGCCAACGUUCAGAUUGACACACCAAUAACCAGCACAGUGUGCCACUACGAAGUCGUCUGCGGCAAGCCUUGUAACUGCAAGGCGGCUGCUAAACCACCGUGCCCACAGACAACAGAUAGCGUAACGCAACCUAUGAGUUUAGAAUCAAUAUGCGACUGCAGGAACACUAAAAGUAAUAACACCAUCACUACUGACGAUUGUUCCUGCGAAGACCUCAGUAAAAAACGUAAUAAACGCACCAAAGAUAAGAAAUCGAAACGAAAAAAGAAAAAGAAGGAGCAUGUUGUUUGUUGUUGUGAUGCAGCUGCCGGAGCACCCACUGCUGACAAGUCGAUGGCAACAUAUGACGAGAAAUGUUGCUGCACUGCCGCGACCCCCGACAAAACGAAAUCAGUACCAAGUAAAGAAAAAAAUACAUGCCAAUUACAGAAACUCUCAAAACUAACUUCAUGCAGCAAGACAUGCAAGCCUGUACAGUUCCUGAAUUCAGACGCGAUCCUGAAACGAUGUGAGGUUAAGACAGCAGACACAUGGCGACCUAACACAGCUUUCAGCAAGAGAGCAAUGAAAGACAGUCCUUCUGCGAACUUCGACAGUGAGAUAGAAUUGAAUGCGGCAUGUAACAGCAACUGCGGCACUUGCAGUGGGGACAAUAUCAGUGAUAAUGAAUAAAAAACUGUUUUAGGUAUUUAUACUUUGUUAUAAUACAAUUUAUUCCUUAAAGUUAAAAAUAACUAUUUACAUUGUUGAAAAUAAUAGUACAAGUAAUAAACAAAAACAAUUGAGAUUUUAA